AUGACCGCGGUCGCCGCGAGCGGGGACGUCGCGAACGCCCUCGCGUACGUCCGCGCCGUGCGCGAGCGCACGGACGGGGCGCGAUACGCCGAGUUCCUCGAUGCGAUGCAGGCGUUCAAGCGCGGGACGAUCACGCCCGGAAUCGUGGUGCGACGCGUCCGGGCGUGCCUCAAGGGACACGACGAUUUAUUGGACGGCUUUCGAGCAUUUCUCCCAGAGGGGUACGCGACGACGCGAGACGUCCCGAGCCGGGCGCGCGGGACCAAGGCGGGCGGAAGCGGACGCGGGCGACCGCGAAAGGUUCGCCCGGACGACGACGCGGACGAGCGAGAGGCGCCGGUGAACGAUACCAGGUUGGCGAGCGGGCAAGACUUGCUCCAGAGGAUUCGCGCGACGUACGCGGAUGAAAUCGAGGUGUACGACGCGUUCUUGCAGACGCUCAUUAAAUUCAGGAAUAAACAGUUUAGCGCCGAGGAGGUGGUUCAGAAGUGCGCGGUGCUAUUUUAUGAUAAUCCACAGUUACUAGAGGGCGAGGAUGGACUCGCAACGUUCGUGCCGAAGAGCUGCAAGCCGCCGAGGCGGUCAUCUUGGUUUGAGUGGCGACCGUCGAUACACCAUCGCUUCGGAAGCGAGAGCUUCCGGUUGUUCGUUCGAACGCUUUUGAUGUGUGAGUACAGGAGUCGAGGAAAUCCACCGGAGCCGAACAUGCGACGUUGGCGGCUCAUGGAUGACGACAGCGACGAAUCGGACUCGGAUGAUUAUUCGUCGUCGGAAGAGAGCGAAGACGAGAGCUCGGUGUCGAUCAAGAAGGAGUGCGGGACGCUCCGUCCGGAACAGAUUCCGGAAAAAUACAAUGGUCCGCGUCACGAGCGAAUACUGAGUAAUUUCGAACGGCUCACGUUGGAGCUCAAACCUAAGGAUGAAGAGUAUUGCUGGGCGGACACGAAAGCGGUUCGGCAAGCGAGGGAGAGCAAGGAGGAAAUUGAUCUCCGGGGCAAGCGCGGUCGCGGAGAGGAGCGAGACUUCACACACACACCACGAGAGUCACCUUCACCACCGCCAUCGUUCCGUAAACGACGCGCGAGCGCGCGAAUCACCGCCAAGGUGAACCGAGGAAUCGUGUACAAUCGAUAUCGCUCGCUCACGUCGCCGGACGGCUUGGGGCGGGGCGGUAGGAUGCGAAUGACUCGGUCCAUGGGCACGGUGGACAACGAUUUGCCCGCGAAGAAGAACGUGAAUUUGACAAUCUCCCGCGAUGAGUCGAAGAUGUCGCCGCUGUGCGCCGAGCGCGUGGGAUUACACUCCCUUCCGGCCAAUGUCAUCGAGCUCAUCAUAUUGAAGUACGCAACGCAGGAGGGAGACGCCGAGUUAAACCAGAUUCGCGAAUUUCUCGUGAAAUCGCUCACGAAGAGCAGGCUCAGUCGAUGA